AUGGCAUCCUUCUAUUUUACCCUUGCCGUCGUUAUCGUUGCAACUCUGCUUCAUGCCUCUCAUGGAUAUGUCGACUUUGGCGCCACGACUCUUCCCUUCAAUGGACCAAUCUUGGUCCCUACCCCACGACCGAACCAACUUCCUAUCGACCAUGACUUCCGAUUCGAGAUCCUUCCGUCUAUGAUCACAGCCGUCGCUCCCUCCAUCACCAUCGCACCGAACGGCACACGCGAGAUCGUCUACAGCCUCUAUUACCAUCAAUACUUUUCCAAAACGCGACAAGGUCGAGGUCUCUUUAGGAGAGGUGUCUUUGCAAACGAUCCUCCAAUCUCCACCUGCACACCAUGUGGAGGAGCCGUGUCAAGUUCUGGUCCCUCGGGAACCACCAGUUCAAGCAUAUCCUGCACGACCCAUGCGUAUUUGGGAGUCUUUCGAUCCCCCGACCCACAAGCACCGAGUUCAGUCUGCUUGAACAGCAACUACACCGGCGUCUUUGAACCUGGUACCACCUCCACAACCGGUUUACCUUGCUGCUUCACCAUUCCAGCUUCAUGUUUAGCAAACGGGACGAGUUCAACGUCCUUCACGGCCACUUCGGGGGUCUUCAGACCCACCUCCACCUUCACUUCCAGCCUCUAUGCCAACGCGACGACGCCCGCCUCGACGUCGUCUAGAUUCAGUCUGGCCUUCGAAUCUAGCACAUUUGUGUCACUGUCUUCAUCUUCUUACUCGGGCGGCCCUAUCCUCAAUAGCGGAUCUCGGUCGACCACGGCGCGGACGACUGUCACCGUCAUCAGCGGCACGACUGUUGUGGUCAGUACAUCCGCCGUAUCCUCCAUGUCUCUUACGCCAACGACACCAGAUUCGCGAAGCUCUUCACCAUCCACAUCAAAUAUGCCAUACGUGUCAAGUUCGGGUUCGUUGUCAACGUCCAGCCCGACGAGCUCGAGCGUCCCCCCGAUCUCUAGUUUACUGUCCACGUCCCUAUCCACAAUUUCCACUUCGUCGGUAUACUCGAUCAUUGUCAUUUCAAGCACGACAAUCACAUUGUCCAAUGAAGGCGCCGCCACGAGUUCAAGCGGAACGACAACGUCACAGUCCACCCUGACCAUCAUCACCGCGACUCCAGCACCAAUUAUCACGACGACAUUGUCAAGCUCGGCGUCGUACAUCACAACAGUUGUUUCAAACACCAUUGACGGUUGUGGAACGGCUUCGGGGAGUGGUAUCGUUGCCGGCACAGGAACCAUAUUCACCGAGGGCAUAUCCAUCGUCACAUCGGGCACUGCGUCUGGCUCCGCAUCGAGUGUAGUUGGAUGUGGCUACAUUAUUGCCACCACGGGCACCUUUCUAGGCAGCGCCGUCAUUACUGGAUGUGGAUACGGCUCUGGUACCGGCACUCUCACAGGCACCGGCACCAUCUGGCCUGCACAAGGAAUGGGCAUGAUGUCCAUCGUUUCCUCCGGAACCAUCAGUGGAAGUGGAAGCUUCAGGGGCUGUGGAACACUGACUGGAUCAGGCGUCUUCACCGCAACCGAAGGCUACACCACCACCAUUCUAGCCCCCGUAAUCACGAGUUCAGUGGCCUCCUCUACCCGGCCGACCAAGACAGUGAGCGUAUUUGUGUCAUACUGCGCAGGUGACUCCAACAACCAACCCGGAGGAGGGGGUGACAUCAUCAUCAACAUCUUUGGCAACAACAACACGCUCGUGUCUUCUCCUGGCCGAGUCUCCUCAGACGGCAGCGAUAUAGUGAACAUUUCCAUUUUUGGUUCUUCCUCCGACAACGCCCUGUGUAACGUGUGUCCGAACAGCGCGGGCAUUUGCUGUCCACCGGGCGUGACGUGCGACGACGACGACGGCAAGUGUCCUCUGUACGCGGUUGAGAGGGCCGGCAAUACCAUCAAUGGGUACCUCAUCCCGCAGGUCAUGAACAGCAGUGCGCCCGUCGAUGGCCAGAGGAGGCACAUGGCCCGAGUGAGGGUUAAGAGUCGCGAAGAGAAGGAGCGGGAAACGGAAAUGGACAGCAAAGGGGCUAGGGAGAGGGCUAAGAAGAUGGGACAGCAGCAGCGACGUCGUCAUAAACAUGGGAACGAGCAUGGACAUGGACAUGGACACGGACACGGGCAUGUCGAGGACUGGGAGAAGAAGAUGAAGAGGAAACAGUUUUGA